CACAAUCAGGUGUGUACCUUCCGAAACACUGAUUGCCAUCACUCUCCAAAACAGUAGAAAGCAGUCUCACAAUCACUCUUCAAUCGUUACGCCUUCACAAUCAUCUUCUCCCUCGAAUAUUCUCGCCGCGACCCGACCGAAUCUUCGGCGGAGGAGAGGAAUUUUCAGGGCAAACAAACAAACAAACACUUUGUCGGUUGAUGAUGGAUGUGGAUCCCCGACAGUACGAAACCAUUGUAAGGAGUUAAGUAUAUGAUCAAAGGUUCAUUUGCCAUUACAUUUAGCAAGAGAUCAAGGGAUCUGAUAUCGGUGGAUUAUGUGGAGUGCUAAACUUUUUUAUGGAUGUCAGUGACAGUGAUGUCCACAACAUUGUUCUGUCGUAUCUUGUGCACAAUUGCUUCAAAGACACCGUGGAAUCAUUUAUUGCCAGCACGGGCAUGAAGCAGCCUGAUUAUUGUCUUGAGGAUAUGGAGAAAAGAAAAAGAAUAUUCAAUUUUACAUUAGAGGGUAAUGUUCUGAAGGCCAUUGAACAAACAGAACAACUUGCACCGGACUUACUGGAGAAAAACAAGGAUCUGCAUUUUGAUCUAUUGAGCCUUCAUUUUGUUGAACUAGUAUGCACGAGAAAAUGCACAGAAGCACUUGAAUUUGCUCAGACAAAGCUAGCUCCUUUCGGGAAGGUCCAGAGUUACGUUGAAAAGCUUGAAGACUUCAUGGCUCUGUUGGCCUAUGAGGAACCAGAAAAGUCGCCCAUGUUUCACCUACUCAGCUUGGAAUAUCGACAGAAGGUUGCAGACAGUUUGAAUAGGGCAAUCCUUGCACACGCGAACCUCCCCAGCUAUUCAGCAGUGGAAAGGUUAAUUCAGCAGAUAACAGUAGUACGACAAUCCUUAAGCCAAGAACCUGGCAAGGAGGGCAAUCUGCCCUUUUCAUUGAAGGACUUCCUCAAGAGCUAGCCAUACCAAACGUUUCGAGUUCAUAGCCUUACUGGAAUCGUGAACUUCAGCCCGCUUUGCUCCUUUGCUAACUUCAAAGAACUGUUGCCACGCUUUUGGUGCAUAUCGAGCUUUGGUUAGUUGUGAUAUACUUAGCUUUACUUGAAAUAUUGUUGCCAAUUUUAGGUCUAUUCUUCUCUGCUCUCAGUACUAAGCAUGUUUUUUACCUUUAGCCAAAGAAUCUAUUCAUUCCUCUAAUGUCAUUCACAAUCCUUUGCUACAAUUCAUGGUGUGUAUUGCAAUGUGAUGAGUGGAUCUUAUCUACAA